AUGAAUAUAAACAAUCGGAAAGUCUCUGUUGAGGUCUCCAGCCUUCCACAUAAGUGUGUCCAAGUGCCUAAGGAAACAUUCGCACCUGAUGUGUUAUUCGCUCUCGUGAACGAGGACAUCCAGGAAUGUCCGGACAGUGCUACUAACGUCCGGUUUGCAUUCAUUGCGCAUAAACUUGACAGCCAAGGUGACACGGUUGUUGCGCUGGAGUCUGUCGUCCAUCAAUCUUUCUUAGGCCUUGACCGCAACACCAGGCGUCUUGUGUUAAAACAUGCGCGCGGCCCGGAAGGUCUCUCCCAGGACUAUCAUUUCACACUGAGACCGGAAGCUCUGCCGAUUGAUGAGAGUGAUCUUCUCAUCACAUGGGUCCAGCAGCUCGCGAUCAUCACCGGUAUGGAGGAAAACGAUAUGUUGUCCGACCUGGUUGAUAUUGCUGGGAAACGUUCCAACCUGGAUGAUACAAAAAUCAAGGAGCGAAUUCAGGCAAUGGUGGAUGAUCGCACUAUUGAGACCGCCCUACAAUUCCUUGGUGAGCAGUUUAGUGAAGGCAAUACACCAAGACAGAUUAACGCCCAAAGUUUGAUGUGUAUCUCGAAGCUCUUAUCAAUAAUGUCUGACUGUGUCUACUUGCGAGACCAAGAGUAUAUUGAUGACAUACGAGAAAAAAUGAAUGCGUCACAAGAGGCAAAACAUAACGUGGAUGAGUACGAGAAUAUGGGAACCCUAAACGCCUCGAAGGACCUGGUGUCGACUAUUAAUAAUAUUCAAAACGAAUGCGUGGAUGAAGGCCUGGCAGACAAGAUGGGACUCAAGUAUUUGUUCCUUUCCAAUAUUGCUGGAGGAGAAAGACUAGAAACAGACGGACCAAUCUGUGGUACAUUCUAUAAUGACAGCGACAAUCCUUUUAUUGUUGUCGUCUUCAAGGGUACGAGUAGUAAAUCUGACUGGGCAGCUAACCUCAAGUAUGCUCUAACACCCGGGAAAAACGAAACUUCGUUGCAAGGUUCUUUGCAUUCAGGCUUUCUUAAUGGAUUGUUCAAACCAAUGCCAAUUGAUAUGAUCACAAUUCAACUCAAUAGGCUGGUGCAAAGCCUGAACAAGAAGUACCCUGGCAAGAAAGUUCAGAUCUGGGUAACUGGCCAUUCUCUAGGAGGCGCGUAUGCAACCGUUCUGUGGUCAUCCUUACUAGAGAUCCCGAAGAUUCGAAACUCGACGCUUCGCGACCUCAUAACUUUCGGAGCGCCUCGGGUUGGAAGUCUAGAAUAUGCUAAAUGGGUCAAGGGUAUCAAGGAGAGAAGGAAUAUAUGGCGAUUCGUCAAUGGGAGGGACAUCGUUCCUAAAGUUCCUUGGCGAGGCCGCCUGUUAGGGGACUACUACCACGUCGGUUCCCGCGUCGCAAUUGCGGCAAAGGAAAGAUGGCGUUUACAGAAAUGGGAAACGGAUUCUAAUGAGGAAUACCCUAUACCUAACGCAGAGGAAGCCGCGGGAUUUUCUACCAAAAUAUGGAACUCUGUGGUUGGUUAUAUAGCACGGAAGACUCGCCUUAUUUUCACGCCUCAUGCUAUGUUUUUGGAUCAUUUUCUCGAAAACUAUUGGGAAGCGUUGAAGGACGCGCCCGACGAAGUUUGGCCGCCUCCUGAAGUUGCAGGUGAAGAGACCGGGGUAGAUUGA